AUGAAGGCCUGGACAUAUACUCACGGAGGGUUCCCGAAAGCACUUCAACAAUCGGAGCUUCCCUCUGACGUGGGACAACUCAAGCCAUCAGAACUUCGCAUCCGAGUCAAAGCCGCCUCCAUAAAUCCCGUCGACACCCAAAUGAUGGGGUUUUCAUUCUGGACCUACCUUCCAACUUUUAUCGUACGGUCUCACAAAGGCGUAGCCGAGGACUUCUCGGGAGUGGUAGAGGACGCAGGAAAAGACGCCGGCUUCCAGGCUGGCGACGAGGUCUUGGGCCUCGCGCCCUUUAUUCCCGGGGGCGUUCUACAGGACCAGAUCCGCAUAGACACCAAGACAUCUCUUGUCGUCUCUAAACCGAGCGCUUGGUCGUGGGCCGAGGCCGCCGCCCUCCCGCUCGUCUGGCUCACCGCGCACACCACCGUCGCCGAGAUCGAGCCAUACGUCAAGAACGGCAAGGUCGCUGUCCUGGGAGGCAGCUCCAGCAGCGGCCUGUACGCCACCUACCUCGCGAAACAGCAUGGCUGGACGGUGAUGGCCUCGUGCUCUGGGCCCAAGGCGGAGCUCGUCCGCAGCAUGGGCGCGAGCGACACUGUCGACUACACAGCCACCAGCGUGUCUGCGAGACUCAAGGAAUUCGCGCCAGAUGCCAUUAUGGAUUUUGUGGGGGGGACGGAGUGUCUCGGUAUCGCCAAGAGGUACGUGACUGUCGUUGGCGACAAGACGAACCGGAUGGCGAUGAGCGGCAGGGCCAUCUAUCUAUGGAAUCCCCAGAUGCUCGUCCGCGCUCUGCUUGGCAGGGCAGGCCUUGGUCGUUCGUAUACCUGCGUGAACCUGGCUGUCAAACACUCUUUCUUGGAAGACCUCGUCCGCCUGCCUAGGGAUAAGGUCAUCAUUGACAGCACAUUUACUUUUCUUCAAGUCGUGGAAGCGUUUGAGAGGCUUAACACGGGGCGUACACGGGGCAAGGUAGUGAUUCUCAUGGAUGUUUGA